AUGGACGAGAAACUCCUCCCCUGGCCCGAAGCAGAUUCCUCCGUCGUCCCCGACGUGUUUUUCGGCGCUUCGAUCGAGGAAACCCAGCGGGCCUUUGACGAGGCUUGCCCGCGCAUCUGCUCUCCAGCUGGCUCGGGGCCUUUUCGCGUGCAGGUGGGAGAAGUCGACGACACGGGUCUCAGAACGUGCGUGCUCGAGAACGACCGUGCAGUCACAGAGUAUCUCAAUGCUUCCCGCGAGAUCGACACGGGCCGGGACCCAUUGACUGGAGCGGUCCCUUCGCCUAAAUCUACCUUCUUUCUACUGAAUCCCACGUUCGGCUGGGGCCGUCUGAUGCUGUCAGAGGCGAGCAUGCGAUCGAUUCUGCGUCAUGUCCACGUCUUUCCUCCCUUUUUGAAGCAUCUGACCGCGUUCGGCGAGAAGGAAUUCGCCUGCGACGAGGGUUUCGCCGCAUAUGACAUCCGGGAGCAUUUCCACGGACUCCCGCAACGUCAGGGCAUAGAAACUUGCUUUCUGUGGAAGUACAUGCAGCGCGAUGACGGAAAUGCCCAACACCCAUGGACCAUCCGUCAGGCCCUCGUUUAUCAGAAAUUCUCGUGCCUAACGCGGACGAGCACGAAUAUAUUCAUCAGAGCGCCUUCCCAGGUGACGAAUCAUCUGAAACACAAUUUCACUGCCUCCUCAGAGUCUCGGGCUUCAACGGUCGCAGAGUGGCUGGGGGUGCAAAGGGUCUGGAUGUCGUGCGGGACAGAGGACUGGCGGCAGGCUCUGAACUAUUACGACGAGCAGAUCACCAAGCUGUUCGACGUCCUCGUCAUGUUUUCAAUCGAGACCGAGACAGCCGGCGACUCCAAAAAGGUCCAGCAAUGCAUAAGUUCCAUGAAGGAACUCACACACCUCGUCGACCAGUUGUUGAGGAUAUCGCACGUGCUGAGUCUGAACUUCAACAUCAUAGCCUGCAUGAUGAACGCCGCACGCAGGUUCGAAAGCGAAGACCGCCGUGAUGCCUUUCUGGUCUUCGCCGAGACCAUCCAGCUCGAGUAUUCCUUCCUCCGACAUCUGGUAGGGUCGUUGUUGGCCCGCGGAAAUAACUUGUCCCGCCAGUUGGGCGAUAUCAUUGCUUUCCGAAACUCCGAGCUCAACAACAGGAUAGCAAACGUGACAAGCGCUAGCACUGCAGCAGUAGUUGAACUGACAUCAAAGAGCUCUCACGAAGCCCGUAUAGUCAAGGUGCUCACAAUCGUGGCCCUAAUAUACGUGCCGGCCUCAUUCGCUGCGGACUUUCUGCAGAUGGGUUACGUCUCGGUGGACCAAGACAGAAACUUCCACAUCGUGGCAAGCAUGGACGUUUGGCUGUGGGUCAUCAUAGCCUUCCCCUUGAUCUUGCUCGCGCUCUCAGUCCUGCUUGUCUGCGAGAUCUUGGGGAGGAGGAGAGUCAGCAGGGCAGCAGCGAGUCCGAGCACACCCGUCUUCACAAAUAUCGUCUGA